UUCAGCUCGGUCGUAUCAUGGGUACAGACAACUGAAAGGACACUAUUGAUAUACAUGACUCUCUUCGGUUCUUGCCAUACAGGGAUAAAUCUGCCGUGCUAAAAGUUUGACUACAGUCGUUUGAAUCAUUUUCGGUGCCGUGUUGGAUCUGGGUCCCUGCUCAUGUGAGUUUUCCUCCAGCUAUGGAACCCUGGCCUCUCAUGGCCUGGGGCCUAAUGCUGACCGCCAUCAUCAAAGCAGUUCAAUCGAGGGACUUCACAGAAAAAGAUAUUAUUUUUCUCCAUCCCUCAACAACUCCAUAUCCAGGAGGAUUUAAAUGUUUUACUUGUGAAGAUGCACCUGACAACUAUGAAUGCAACCGCUGGGCUGCAGAUCUCUACUGUCCACGAGAGAGCAGAUAUUGCUACACACAACAUAAGAUGAGCUGGGAUGGAAACACAGUGUCGGUGACAAAGCGUUGUGUGGCGCUGGAAGACUGUUUUGAAACAGGGUGCUCUGAGAUGGACCAUGAAGGAAACAAGGUGUGCACAUCCUGUUGUGAGGGGAACAUCUGCAACAUGCCCCUCCCCCGAAAUGAGACUGAUGCCAUCUUUGCUACCACGUCUCCUAUUAACGACAGCAUUCGACCAGCACAGAGUCCCACGCUGCUGCUCUCUGUCUGUAUCAUCAGCCUGACGCUCCACAGUAUUAACUGAGACAAUCAUCCAGAGUUGAAUAAACCUUAAAGGUAUAGUUCACCCAAAAAUGAAAAUUUGAUGUUUAUCUGCUUACC